AUGUUAUAUAUAGUAGGAAGAGUUGAUUUAAGGUUUUAUAAGCCUGGUAAAUUGCUACCUUUAGAUGAAAUGGUAACAGCGAAACAAUUCGAAGUAUCGGACGACUCAUUAGACUUAAAUUUUAAUAGGAAUGUUUUUAAAAUGAGUGUUCUGAAAGAAAAAAUUAUGGAAGAUAGUUUUCAAGAUUGUGGUAGCUCUGAUUUUCAUUUUUAG